CUGAAUAUUUUCAAGAUGGCAGACGAUUUGGGAGAUGAGUGGUGGUUAAAUGAUGAAAUUGAUGAUGAAAAUGAUGUUCUUAGCGCACAGAAUGUAAAAAAAACAGAACAAAGUAAAUUUUAUGUUUAGUAUUUAGCUUAACAGAAAUUAUUCUGGGUAGUAUUUAUAAGAUAUAUGCAUUUUUGUGUACAAUUUCCAGACCUAUAAAACCAGUAUUCAGGAACAGUUUUGAAAAAUGCAACUAUAUCAUUGCCCUCUGCCUCUGGCAGGAAUCGAACCUGCGGAUUUGCGACACGGUCUUGCCAAGUGUGGAUUUUAUUCCUGAUUAAGCCUCGAAAAGCGGUUUGUCUGACCCUGAUUGUGAUUUGUGGAUAAAGGACACAGCUAGUAUAUCUAUUAAUUGUAUUUGAUGUAUAUACAGUCUUAAUUACAAAUUAUAUUGUAAAUAUUGACAGCAUAGUGUUGUAUAUUUAACAAAUAUAAAACAUUUUCCGUGUUGAUAUACAGUUAUAUACCGUAUUGAUAUACAGUUAUGUCAACACAAGUGGCAAUUGGGAAAACGAGAAAUUGUGUGGAAUUUUGAAGGCAGGGUGUUUUCACACAAUUUCGAGUUUUCUCAAUUUCCACGAGUGUUUAUAUAACUGUAUAUCAGUACGGAAAAAAGUUUUAUAUUUGUAUGAUAUAUAGCACAAGAAAUAUAAAGAAAGAAAUUUUCCGACGUUUCCGUGUUGACAUUGAGUUAUAUCAACACGGCUCUUAGCCAAUCAGCGUUCAGAAUUUACAAAUGCUAUAUUAUAAUUAAUAUUAUAUAUAAUACCUUAUUGAAUUCUGAUUGUUUAAUUGGCUGUUUAUGGUCACAUGAUAUUGAAUAGAAAAUUCCAUUUCCCAAGAGUGCAUUGCACUCUUUGCGAGUUGAAUUAAUGUACUAUAUGUUUUAUUCCAUUGCGCUCUUUGUUUUUUCGAUAAAUCACAUCUGCCAAAAUUAUUCUCGUACGCUGAUCGCAGUUUAUUUUAGCCCGAAAAAUGGAACUUAUUAAAUGGGAUGUAAUGCAAAUACGGCUCGUCAAAAUGGCGGGAGCUUACAGUAAACCUUUUAAUAUUAGUCUAUUUUGGUAUUAUAUAAAACAAAUAAUGAAAGUUUUUAUCCGUGCAAAUGUGCAAUGGUAAAAAUAUUUUCAUGAGGUGAAAGAUGGAAUGUUCCAUUCAACUCGAGGGACUUCUCGCAGUCUAUGAAUUUUGUGAAAUGACAUAGAAUAUCAGUAUCGGCAAAAUAUCGGUUCUUCGAAAUCGGUGAAUUUCUCUAUCGAUGCAUCACUAAUAUUUAAAUGUUACAAUUUAUACAAUUUAGCAGUUAUAUCACACAAAAUAUCAGUACAGCAUUUGUAUUUUCUUGGUUUAGAAAAAUCAGUGGAUAACCAGAAAUUAAAGAAAAAUAAGCGACCUUAUGCAGAUGUGGCAAAUGUUAUAGAAGAGCCAGUAGGUACUGUACACUGCCCCCCAUCAUCUGUUAAUAGAAUAUGUGCUUCAGGAAAGUACAUCACUUUGGCUUAGAGCCUUGUUUUUGUAUUUGUGACAUUAGUUAAACUCCUUGAACUUCAAUCAUAAAAAUGAGGCUCAAUAGCCAAGAUUACAUACUUUUCUGGACGUAUGUUUGCGAUGUUACUCUGAGUGCAUAUCCACACCGGGCGAGCUUGAAAAAUAUGCCCGGCCACGGUGGGAUUCGAACCUACGACCUUUGGAAUACUGGACGUGUUGAAUUAUGUGCAUUUAUUUGGCAGUACAGGCGAACUGUGGACUGUCUUAAAGCUUUACAACAAUGGUUGAUUAACUUUCAGACGUACAAUAUUGUAACAAUGUUGAAAGCCUUAUCACCUAAACAGCUUGCAUAUAAACUAGAAAUGACCUAUUGAAAUUUUGAGGACUAAAUUUUGCAAUAAAAUAAAGCAUCAGAAAUCGUUGCAACCUAUGUAUAUUUGAAUCCCUAUUAUUCAGCAAAAUUAUCUGAAAUUAUCUUUACCUUUUAAACCAGAAUGUGGCAAUGAAGAAAAUAAACAAACAACAGCAACGGCUAAAAAGCGAAGGAAGAGAAAAAAGAAAGAGGAAACAGUAGAAAAGACAAUUGAUGGUGAAAGCAUUUCCGAAACAUUUUGGGCGUCAUUCUGCAAAGCAACGGAAGACAAACUUACUGCUCUUGAACUGGAAGAUCUCACUGUGGAAGGUAAUUUUUCUGCAUUUAGCUGAUAUUGAUAAUUGAUAUAAUUACUGGGUGGUGCAAAAAAAAGUUAACCUGUUUGAUUUGUUUUAACUUAAAAGCUAAAAGAGCUCAGGGGUUGAAAUUUAAAUUUUUUUGUACUAUACAGCCGGAAUAGUAGAUUUUUAUAUUUACUAUUCCGUCUGAAAAUCCACUAUUCCUUAAUGUACUGUUUCUGAGAGCCUGUUGAUGCAGGCUCCACGCCAAUGUUCUGAUUUUCGUGAAAUCAUCCUUGGAACUCCUAAAGUGAACUGAAUAAUUGUAAAACAAACAUGUACAGUGCAUUGCUCUGUACAGUGAGGAACAAAUUAUUAAUAAAAAACAAAGUUCAAACACUGAAAUGAACUUGCGAACUUUAUUGGUGCAAAGAAAUUAGAAUAUGCAAGUAUUGCAAGCGAACAAGAACUUAGCUACGAAGUGGAACAGUGGCUCAAAGUCCGGUAUAAAAUGAUAUAUUAUACAAGAGGAAAACCCUAGCUUGCUUGUCAAUAUUUGGUAUCAUAAUUUUUUCUACUAUACAAACAGAGUACUGUGAUCAUGAAGUUUACUAUUCCGUCAGGCAUUUUAGCAUAUUCGGAAUAGCGGAAUAGCGGGAAUUUCGACCCUUGGAGCUACAAUUACACGUGAACUACGUGCAUUGCAUUCAGUAUUGUCUAACUUAAAUUUUGAUAUACGGCCUGUGCAUUUUCGUGCAAUAUUGACCGAGAGAGCUGCGUUUAAACUUGAGUAACCAUUUUUGAAAGUGUCGAGAAUUAGCCAAAAACGGCCUAUCAAAUAGUUAAUACAGCAAUAACCUGUGCUUAGACCAUAGAAAUAAUUAACAAUUAUUCGUCGAAGGCGAGGUGAUUAUCGGUGAAUAAAAACCGAGACGAAGUCGAGGUUUUUAUUCACGAUAAUCACCGAGCCUGAGGUGAAUAAUUGCUUUAGUAUAAUUUCAUAGGUGAUUAUUUGGGAAAAAUAAGAAAAUACACAUUUCUUCGUCAUUUAAUUGACAAAAAGGCUCCGGCCGCCAUUUUGAAAAUCGCUUAGGUGAUUAUCUCGUAAUAAUCACCUCAUCGGCAACCAAUCAGCGUCGAGAAUUUUCAAUAAUCACCUAUGUAAUUAUACUAAUAGAUAUUAUUUCUAUUAUUUCUAUGGCUUAGACGCACUAUAGUCAGAAAGUACACGUUCGUUGUCAGAGACCUGCCCAACGCCGCCGGUAUAACCUCGCGAGCAUUAUUUACCCCUUGCAUGUUCUAAACAUAUCGAAACUCUUUGGUCCUUCGUUAAACGAGGCGUAUUUAUAAAAAAAAACGCUUGACGUUUCUUUCUUGGAACAUUAGAAUUUGAUUCCCCACGGUCAUUGAAUAUUUAGAAUAAAUCUUUUAAUCAAAAUCGCUUCAUAAUUUAAUUUUCAUGCAUUCCGAAAGGCCUUAAACAAAAAUAAAAGAGCACAUCCAUCCAAUAAACAUUUUUAAUUUAAACUUCACUUCAUUGAAACGAAUAUUUACGAUAAAAUGGUAAGGGUUAUCAAAUUAGUUUAACGCCGUUUUUAGCUAAUUCUCGACACUUCCCAAAAUGUUUAUUCAAGUUUAAACACAGCUCUCUCGAUCAAUAUUGCACGAAAUUGCACAGGGCGUACAUCAAAAUUUAAGUUAGACAAUACUGAAUGCGAUGCACGUAGUUUAGGUGUAAUUAUUAUAGCUCUUUUAGUUUUUAAGUUAAAAUAAAUCAAACAGGUUAACUUUUUUUUUGCGCCACCCGGUACAAUAUCUGCUCCUGUCUAUAUGAUGUUCGAGCAUUCUUUAGCAUUUCUUGAACAGUACCGAUUGUAACGGUCGGUGAUUGACUAUUUUGUCGGAAAAAAACACUAAAUAGCCGUUCAAUCAAUUUAUUCGGCACAGACACUUCAAACCAGUCAAAUGCAUGUAAAAUACACAGUGUUCGCCUAAAUGAAAGCUACAGGUAGGUAUAUUAUUUCAUCAGUACUGUUCAAACAGGAUAAAAGCAAGAGAAGGAAUUAAUGAAAACAUUUCUUCGCUUCACUCUGACAAAAUCACGUGACAAGUUUAUACGGAGGAAAUUAGAAAAACAAUAGACCUACUUUUGCUUGCAUGGAUCGUUGGGAUUGCUUAUAAAAAGUGAGUAUAUAGCCCAAUACUGUAAGGUGAGCGACCAUUGCUAGUCAAUGUCCCAGCAACUGCACAGUUGAUCGGUACCCGGACAUUUUGCCGAACGGACAUUUUGCCGAACGGACGUUUUGCCGAACGGACAUUUUGCCGAACGGACAGUUUGCCGAAAGGACAACUUGCCGAAAAUAGAGAUGUUCCUUCGUCAAAAUGUUUGGGACUGUGUCUCAUUUCUCAACUUUGUAAUUCUCAAACAUUGUGUAAAAUAACCAUUAUAUGGUAUUAGAAAUGUCUAAUGGGUCAUUAGCAGUGCAUAACCAUAUUGACUAUGCCUAUGGGUAGCUUGUUUGUGCAGCGGAUGACUCAUUUGUUAGGAACUUGUUUUGACGUCACAUCGUAAACAAGCAAGCGUAUAUAAAGACAACGACAUAAGCGAAUUUCACUUCGAGAAUCAUUGAAUUCAUUCACAGAUCUCGGAGAAAUCGCAUUCAUGAAUGAUGUUGAAUGAUGUUAUUCUUUAUAUUGCGAAAUUUCGGUAAACUUGUUAAAAACUUGAAAGAAUAUAAAACGAAACAAAAACUUCGCUAUCAAAGUUUCUGUCAUCAAAAUCGAAAAUUACUUUAAUCACAGAAACCAAAACCUUGUAAGCGAACCUUUAAAGUUCAGAAGAUAUCUCUAUUUUCGGCAAGUUGUCCGUUCGUCAAACUGUCCGUUCGGCAAAAUGUCCGUUCGGCAAAACGUCCGUUCGGCAAAACGUCCGUUCGGCAAAACGUCCGUCGGCAAAAUGUCCGUUCAGCAAAAUGUCCGUUCAGCAAAAUGCCUUUCGGCAAAAUGUCUUUCGGCAAAAUGUCUUUCGGCAAAUUUUUUUCAGCAAAAUGUCCGGCCACCCAGUUGAUCGGACGUUAAUCAGAGUUAUCAGACCCAAGCGCAGUUGUUAUAAUCCACCCUGUUUUUGAGCCAAAACACGCUUGUAUGUUGGUACUAGUUAUAUAUGACACCGUAGUUAGUUCAGUUAUGUGUUUUUUACCUUCGUGAUCUUGGCUCAAUUCCUGCAAUAUGCAGCUCUCUGGUUAUAAUUUCACCGAGUCAUAGUGGAAUGUGAGAAACGUGAACUCCAGCAAACACGUCAGGUUUUCCCCUGGUAUUCCUUUUUCUUAUAUGCAAUAUAUAACAAUAGGAUUCAAUAUAUCCGUCAGUUGAAUACACAGUGAAUGCACGUAUCUUAUGUUCACUUUUGUCAGAUGAAAUGUUCUUGACUGAGCCUUCUGUUCAUACUGGUCAGCUACAAUCGCUCUCGCCAUAUUUAAGAGUAGGUGAGUGAUUAUAUAUGUAUCAUAUCUCUAAUUAGCAACCUACAGUAUGUGUGAACUGCUUCCAUUGAUUUUACUGUAGUUAUUUCUUUCUAUUUACUUAGUUCUUCCUAGCUGGUCCAAUCUCAUAACAAAGAUUGACUCAAAAGGCGCUAAUGGUGCUCCUGGUUUGUUGAUAAUUACAGCAGCAGCAACACGUGCAACCGAUAUAGUAAGGUAGAAGGUCGUCUACACACGUAAAAAAGAUGCAAGUUGUAACCAACCUGCAGCAGACCUUUGGCAAUGCUGUUCCAAGCAGUUUUGUUACAUGUUCUUCCAACAAGAUGUUAUAGUCCUGUAAUUCAAUUUGAUAACAAAUUGUGAGUGACAACCUUGUAACAACUUGAUAAAAUAACAACAUUGUUACAACUUGUUCACGAUGUUGCUACAAGCCUGUUGCGAACACAAAUUGUGAGAUUUUUGUGUUAUAGAGUUGAUUAGAUUGAAAUUCUCGUAAUGUUUUAUUUACAUGUAUUUUCCCAUGAGAAAUAGCGUCAGCGAAUUUUUCCUGCCAAUAUGUUAGAUGAAAUGUGAUGAAAAUGUGCCGAUUCUCCUCUUGCAGGGCUACAUCUGAGUUUAGAAGCACUUGCAAAGUUAUCAAAUUAUUCUCCAAACAUAUUAAGGUUUGUAAUGUGUGUUUUAAUUUUAACACAUUGUACGCAGAGCUCCUGAGGCGAAAGACAGGGAGGAAAACCUGCUUCGUGUCCACAAUUGGGAAAGUUAUUUCAAGCCUUGGGUGACCCAGGCUACCAAAUAUAGCGCUGUUCUGCAGUUGUAAAUUAUAAUUUGAUUAAUGUCAAAAGAGCCCGGAGAAAAAUCCAGUAGAUUAUUUGUGUUGUGCAAUAUGAUAUUUGCUAUUAAUAUAGCUUGAAGAGCAGGAAUCGUAUCUGGAAAAGAACGUUGUGCAUCUUGGCGUAGGAACACCAAACCGAAUUUGUAAACUAAUAAAAUCAGGUGAGAUGAAGGAAAGAGUGCAAAGCAAGAACCGUUCCCUGAAGAAUAAAUAAUUAUUCGCAUCAUGCACGUCUUCAUUAAAUGAUUGUUAAAUAUUGUAUAUAGGUGCCUUGAAACUUUCCAAUCUCAAAUCAGUCAUAUUGGACUGGACGUGGAGAGACGCCAAACAACGUAGACUUAUGGACAUUCCUGAGGUAUGUCACACACGACUGUCACUUAUAGGUGGUUGUAUUUCAGAGCCAUCAUCAGAGAAACAUGAUACAAUAUAUUCAUUCAUGACAAAAAUCCAACACUGUGUUGUUAACAUAAAGUUGACUCAAGUUGGACUUGAACUCGCGUAUCCAACGCGCUGACCGGGCUGACGUAUAUCCUGCCCAGGCGAAAUCUUCUCUUGACCGGCUUAUCCACUUAAACAUUAUUCUUACCAUGGCAACAGUGUUUCAACUCUAUUUCAGAGGCAUCAUCAGAGAAAUAGGAUACAAUGUAUAGUCAUAAAUAUAUAGGUCGCUGCAUGCCGUUAAAGCCAUCGAAAGUGUUAAAUAAAAAAUAAUGAAAUAAUAAAUAAAAAAAUGAUAAUAAUAAUAUAAAUCAAAAUAAUAAGAAGAAAUAAAGAAUAAAUAUAAAUAAACUCAUUUAUAGUUUUACCAGAGUUGUAGACUCGAGUCGUGUGACUUGGACUCGAGUCGCAAUUUUUGUGACUUGUGACUUGACUUGUUAAAGAGACUGAUUACUUGUGACUUGACUUGAACUUGGACAAAAUGACUUGUGACUUGACUUGGACUUGCAAGAAAUGACUUGUUACCAACGCAAGUCAAACGUAAAUAUCUAGUGAAAAUCAAGUUUUCCAAAAUCUUUGUGUUGAUCGAUCGAUCGUCGUGUUGUACAAUUUGGGCAACGACCUUAGUACAUAUCAAUGGCAUCGACAGAAUUUGUGCCUGCGUAUUUUCUGACAAAGCGGGUUUUUUCGCGAUGUCGUGGUAAAAUUUCUGACAUAAAAUAACGACGCCAUAUUUACAUAUUUUGCCGUUUUGCGUGGGAAAACAUGGCCACAUGUGGCGGUAAAAUUGAAUUGACUUGCCACUCGGAAAGACUUGUGACUUGACUUGGAUUUAGACAAAACAAGACGCCGACUCGGCGUUAACCUCGGGUCGGUGGAUAGGGGAUCGUCUGGGUAAAUAUUUAAAAAUUGUGUAAAUCACGAUAGUUUAAUAGUUCACUAGUAUAAAUGGUGAAUCAGUUAAUCAAAGCUCCGUUUUAAUAUUUUAUUGAUAAUAAUUACUGGCCCUCAUCAAACCUAUUGUUUUCUCUCUGCAUUAUAUCAGCGAAUGUCGAGAAGUUUUCAUUUAACCGUUCUACUGAAAAACGGGAGCGGCCUUUUUGGUUGUAUAGGGAAAUUCCGGCUCAGGGGUAAAUGUUUAUACGCGUCAUAUUCUAUGUACGCGUUAAAAUAGCACACAACAUUAUUAAAAAUAAUGCAGCGUGCAUCAGUGCACACAGACAUUAUUAGCAAUAAUGCAUCUUCGUCACCCUGACAUGUACACGCGAUAACGUGAACAUCCCAAGAUGAGAAGGUGACAGUGCUAAAGGCCCCCCAUACGGUGUCGUCUGGUGCCUGAAGCACUGUUGGAAACGGUCGCUAUGAGUCUUUUCAGUUCAAUUUUAUAGAGAAAUAGUUUCGUUUGCGCUUGUGGGAUUUUAUCCUAGAUAUACGCAUGUGCAGAAUACACCAUAAGUUCUAUUCCCGUGUUUAUCCAAUACGCUAUUUGAGUAAACCUUAUUAUUAAUCAGCCUAGUCCCAGGCUCUCUCUCUAUUCGCUGCUUUGAUAUAUUUAAAUAAGUCUUAAAAGUUUUAUGCCUGGGUGUGCUGUGCGGAACGCUUCAGCGAGAGAAGAUAGCAGUUCUGAAGCACCUUUAGCGGUGACGUCACACCUAGGUCCCAGUCUCGUGUUACAUCCACGUACGUUUUUUCUCGCGCUUGCUUCAGAACGACUGGGACUAGGCUGAUUAUUAAUGAUAAUAUGUAAACUAGAACACUAUAAUUGACCUCCGCUUGUGGAGAUUUUAAUUUAGGGCGAUUAAUUAAACUGAAAUCUGUUCUAUCACAAUGCACUACAGUGCCUAUGGUUAUGUCUAUAUGCAUGUCCUCACAAAUGUCUAGUGUAACGUUGGAUAAGGUUCAUUGUCAUACGGUCCCGACAAGCAGCAACGUACAGUAGUCUUCCAGCCGAAAAUAAUUACUUUUGAUUCGGGUCAGUAAUUAUAAUAGAUAACAAGUGAAAGUUGGCCGCGGUAUUCCCAUGCUAUGCAUACGAUGUAUUGUACAUUAUAUCAACAUAUACUCGAGAAUAGUUAUCCAGCUAAACAUGUAUGUCAAAAUUAUCACAUCUUCUGGUUUUAAAUCAACAAUUCUGACGGAUUUUGUGCAAGGACAGCUUCGGGUUCCGUUUCGCUUUGGCCGAUGCUUGCCGGAAGUACACUUAUUUACCGGAAGUUGUCGUCUCCUCCGCAGGCCCUUCGAUCUUCGACUACGCGCGCGGCUCGACACAAAUGGAAAACAAGAAGAAAAAAAAUAGGAGCCGAAUUUAAGACCUCGGUGUCGUACCGACCCGAGGUAAUGACUUGUGACUUGACUUGAACUGAGACCAAAUGACUUGUGACUUGACUUGAACUGAGACCAAAUGACUUGUGACUUGACUUGAACUGAGACCAAAUGACUUGUGACUUGACUUGAACUGAGACCAAAUGACUUGUGACUUGACUUGGACUUGCAGGAAAGGACUUGUGACUUGACUUGGACUUGCAACAUAGGACUCGUUAACAACUCUGAGUUUUACUAAUUAAAAGUAAAUCGUGGCUUUCAGUUGCUGUCUUUAAACAACCGGCUAUAAAUUACUGAUUGUAUAUUCUGAUAUCGCUUAUAUAUAUAUUUUUCCUAUUUCUAGAUUAAACAAGAUUUGGUCACCUUACUCAAAGACAUAAUUUUAGUGCGAGCUCACAAGAGAAAAACGACAAUUGGUUUAUUUUGAACAUAUCGUGGUAAAAGACAGACAAGAUAAAAAGUACAAAAUGUUCAUACCAAUAGACACACUACAAAAUGUUCACAUCUACUGUAAAGUUCACACAUGUAAAGCAACAUUUUCUUGUGCAUUCAAGCGCAUUCGGGAAGUGUCUAUUGUACUGGUCUGGUAUUUUCUAAUGGUGUUCCUUGCAAACUCGUUUGUUCCAAAAGAGUGCGAUUAAUUCCAAAAUUUUGUCUUCGAUCUUCAAUCGCAUGUUUUUAGCCUGUUCGGUCCCUUCGUCAUAAAUCGAUGUCUCCACAAGUAUACCUGUGCCUUUUCUGAAGCAAAAUGCAUCAUUUGAAAGCUAUUGAGUGACAUCAUCCAGCUUUUAAAUUAUGUGCUUUGCUCCGUCGAAAGCUUGAACUUUUCGGAAUUUUUUCUACUGAAUUCCCUUAAAAUUCUGUAAUUAUUACACAAAUGAAACCCAAAUUGGCGAAAGAAUAUUGAGAAUUGUGCCUCCUAUAUUUAUUAGAUAAAACAUGGCUAAUUAAAUAAUAACGAAUCUUGUGUGUACAUUUCUAUAAAACGUACCCGAUUUCGGGUACGUUUUGAGAAGCAAAAUAAAAAUACAAAUAAAAAUAACCUCGUCCCCCAGGGCAUUUUGCCUCCACGGCUGAAGUUUGGCGAAAAUAACCUUGGGAUCGGCUGAUCAUUUGCACAAUCCCAAUGGUCUGUUUAAAAACGCAUAAGUUAUCUUGUAGUAUAAUUUAUUCAAACAAAUCCAGUGCUUCAAAAUUGUUUUGUCUUCAAAUUAUACGGCAAACUUAAGAAAAUACCGAGAGUAUAAUGAAGAUUCAGUUACGUCCUAUACUUCAUGCUGUGCUAUGUGUUUGUCAGAUUCAUGCAUGAUAUAGGAAGAAUUAUGCAAGCAUAUUGCUCUUAAAAUAAAAUCUUUAUAAUGACGUAAAAAAAGUGGUAAUACCGGGAUAGUUUGGGAGCUUACUUGGGAUUUUUACAAAUUGGAAACGCUGGUUGUGAUGAUAAAUGUGGAGAUUAGCCACGUUUUUCCGAGUAGAAGUUAAAUGUUUAGAAGAUAAAAACAUCGAUUUUAAAUAUACUCAGUGUGUUUUUUUCUUAACUAUCUUCCGACCUGUUUUUUUUUAAAGUCAAAUCCGUAAACCAAUAAAUAAAAAAAGUCUCGCCUAAGAGUUAAUAAAAAUCUAACUAUCUAUUUGUAUAGGUAUAGAACAAUUUUAGCUUAAUGGAAGCAAUUGUUGAGC